CAACAAAAUUGACCUUGAACUUAACCUAAAAAUCCAAGUGAACUAUGUAUUUUCAUUUCAAUUAUCAUCCAACAAAAAUAUCAAGUCAUUGCUGCAUUACAGAUUCGUAAAAAAUCAAACUUCAUAUCUGAAACAUAAUUCAAAAUUUUUGGCGAAAUUUUCAAAAUUCACAAAUCACUACAAACAAAAGUACCCAUAUAUUUUACACUAAGUUGAUCCUUUAGAAAUAUCCCUAAAAUGACUUCUACAACUACAGAAUUCGCUGUAAAUAUGAUGUGUAACAAGUGUGUAAAAGCAGUCGAAGAAAGCCUCAGCUCACCUAAUAUAAAUAUAGUUGAUAUAGAUGUAAAAAGAAGCUGUGUGAUUGUUGAGAGUACCCUCUCUACAACUGAAUUAUUACAAAAGCUAGAAACUUCUGGUAGGAAAGUGGUUGUCAAAGGUUUGGGUGGAACAACUGCUGCAGUUGCUGUAUUAGAAGCUGGCUCGCCAAAAGUUAAAGGUGUUGUGAGAUUAGCACAGCUUCCAAAUGCCUGUAUUAUUGAUGGCACAGUAGAUGGAUUGGAACCAGGCAAAUAUCAACUUAGUGUACAUGAAAAUGGGGAUAUUUCUCAAGGCUGUGAAAACUGUGGAGAAACUUACAAUCCAGUUGCAAAGAUGAUGGGACUUGAAGGCAAAGAGUAUGGUGACUUAGGUCAUAUUUCUGCUGGCCCAAAUGGCAGAUCAGCAUUCCGAUUGGAAAAUAAGGUUAUUCAACUACCAGAGUGUAUAGGGCGUUCACUAGUAAUAUCCCAACUACAAAGGGAAGGUGGAAAAAGAAUUACAUGCGGUAUUAUUGCAAGAUCAUCAGGUCUGUUUCAAAAUCCAAAAACAAUUUGCGCAUGUAGUGGGGCCUCUAUAUGGGAUGAAAAUAAUCUACCUAUCAGACGAGUUUUAUAAAUUAUGUUAUCUAUACAAUUGUUUAUGUAUAUUUCUGUUAAGUUGGGUACUUUUUUAAGAUGAAAAAUAAAGUAAUGCUAACAUGA